AUGGAGUCUACGAAUCGUCUAAGUGCCAUCCAAUCUCUGUUGGUAAUUCAACGAUGGAUAGGACUCCUUAAAUGGGAAAACAAGGAAGAAGAUGGCCUUUUAACUUGGCUAAAGCGCACUUAUCCCUUUGUGUUGCACCUGCCGUUGACUUUUACAUAUAUAGCACUCAUGUGGUAUGAGGCCAUCACUUCAUCUGGUUUCGAGGAAGCUGGACAAGUUUUGUACAUGUCUAUAACCGAACUAGCCCUGGUCACUAAGCUCCUGAAUGUUUGGUAUCGACGCAAUGAGGCAGCUAACCUCAUCAAUGAAUUACAACACGAUCCUGCCUAUAAUCUACGCAAUGCCGAAGAAGUUCAAUUCUGGCAGCAAAAUCAAAGAGGCUUUAAGCGCAUCUUCUAUUGGUACAUCGCUGGCAGCCUCUUUGUGGCCAUAAUGGGAUAUAUAGGCGUGUUUUUCCAAGAGGAGUACGAGCUGCCCUUCGGAUACUACGUGCCCUUUGAAUGGCGCACCAAGGAGCGAUAUUUCUACGCCUGGGGCUACAAUGUGGUGGCCAUGACUCUGUGCUGUCUAUCCAAUAUUCUCUUGGAUACUUUGGGCUGUUAUUUCAUGUUUCACAUUGCCUCGUUUUAUAGGUUGAUAGGAAUGCGACUGGAGGCUUUGAAAAAUUCCUCCGAGAAGAAGGCCAAGCUGGAGUUGAGAAACAUUUUCCAACUCCACGCUAAAGUCCGCCGAUUGACGAGGCAAUGUGAAGUCCUGGUUUCGCCCUAUGUCCUAUCUCAGGUGGUCCUUAGUGCCUUUAUCAUAUGCUUUAGUGCCUAUCGACUGGUGCACAUGGGCUUUAGACAGCGACCCGGAAUUUUCCUGACCACUGUGCAGUUUGUGGCCGUCAUGAUCGUCCAGAUCUUCCUGCCCUGCUAUUAUGGCAAUGAGCUGACCUUCCAUGCCAAUGCUCUUACCACUAGUGUCUUUGGUACCAACUGGCUGGGGUACUCGGUGGGCACUCGGAAGCUGCUCAACUGCUACAUGGAGUUCCUCAAGCGACCGGUGAAAGUGCGAGCUGGGGCGUUCUUUGAAAUAGGAUUGCCCAUCUUUGUAAAGACUAUCAACAAUGCCUACAGUUUCUUCGCCCUGCUGCUGAAGAUAUCCAAGUAA